UCUCAGUUUGACCAACGACCCAGCUUUAGAUCCUAGCUCUCGCGCAAAAUCCCUCCCUCAGGAAGGGUUUCGCGGGACCCUCCCAGGGAAGGCGCAACCGGAAGAGGCGGGCCUUCCGCCCGGAGGCGGGCGCCCGCCAUCAUGGCUUCUCGUGGGGUCGUUGGCAUUUUCCUCCUCUCUGCUCUCCCGCUCUUGUGUCUGGAACUGCGGCGUGGGAUCCCGGGUCUAGGAAUUAAAGAUCUAAUUUUGCUGUGUGGCCGGAUUUUCUUACUUCUUGCUCUUCUUACUUUAAUUAUUUCUGUGACUACCUCAUGGCUUAACUCAUUUAAAUCUUCUCCCGUUUAUCUGAAAGAAGAAGAAGAGAAGAAUGAGAAAAGGCAAAAACUUGUGAGAAAAAAACAACAAGAGGCCCAGGGGGAAAAGGCCAGCAGAUACAUAGAAAAUGUUCUAAAACCUCACCAGAAAAUGAAAUUGAAAAAACUGGAAGAGCGCUUUUAUCAGAUGAUGGGUGAAACCUGGAAGUUAAGCAAUGGUCAUAAACUUGGGAGUGGUGAAGAUUUGGUGCUUGAAAAUGAGAGUCAGACAUCUUUUGAAACUUCAAACAGAGAAGCAGCAAAGAGACGGAACUUGCUUAAGUGUUUAACCAAAGUUUCACCACCUGCUGAAAAGCCCACGCAGAGGGAGGUUCUUGACUUACCUGAAGAACCUCCUGAAACAGCUGAAGAAGUAGUUACUGUUGCUCUCCGAUGUCCAAGUGGGAAGGUCCUGAGGAGACGGUUUUUUAAGUCUUGCAGUUCACAGGUCUUAUUUGACUGGAUGAUGAAAAUUGGCUACCACACAUCCCUAUACAGCCUCUCUACUUCCUUUCCCAGAAGGCCUCUGGAAGUGGAGGGGGGUUGCUCACUGCAGGAUGUAGGAAUAACUAUGGACACUGUGCUCAAUGUGGAAGAGAAAGAGCAGAGCCACUGGUGAAGAAGUGAGAACUGCCUGUUCUACGUAAAAUCGGUUAUGCCGUGCCCUACAGGACAGUAAAUAAUUCACACGGGAAUCGUGCCCUUCCUCGGUUGAGCUCAAGGCAGUAAGCACUUUAAUGUUGAUGGACAUAAAGGAUUAGAGAAGGACUGCUCCCUGCAUGUAGUAAUUUUUGGAGUGUGCCAUCUUAUAAGGUACCAAAUGAGAACUAGGUAAAAAUGUGUACAAUAACGCACUCAAUAGUUUGUAUUUUUCCUAGCUGACAUCAUUUAUUGGUAUGUUGAGACAAAGUCUCAUGACUUUUUCUGCCUCUUCAGUCUGUCUUGCCACACUGAACAUUUCACACUUAAGUCACACUCUUUAAAAUCUUUUAAGUAGAAAUGUUUAUUCUGCUGUAUUGCUGGAAAUUAAACUUUAAAGAUGUUUCAAAGCUCUUUAAGGCUUUAAAGUUCUUUUCGAUAGGUAUGUAUUAAUUUAACUACUGUUUGAGAUUUAUAUAAUUUUGCCUUGCAUUAAAUUGUAACAUUCCGGAUGGAUCAGUAUUUUUUAAAAUAAAACAAUGAAAACAUUAAAAAUGUAAGUGAA